CCUUCUUCCAUCUUCUUCCAUUUUUCAAAUUCAUGGGGAAGAUUUCAACACAGCCUCUAUCUCGAAUGCCUUCUAAUUAUGAUGAAGUUUUCAUGCAUCAAACCUUGCUCUUUGAUGAUAGUCUAAAGGAUUUGAAAAAUCUGAGAACGCAAUUGUACUCAGCUGCUGAAUAUUUUGAACUCUCAUACACCAAUGAUGACCAAAAACAAAUAUUGGUUGAAACAUUGAAGGAUUAUGCCAUCAAAGCUCUUGUAAAUACUGUGGAUCAUUUAGGAUCUGUAGCCUAUAAGGUGAGUGAUUUGUUAGAUGAGAAGGUCAAUGAAGUUUUUGGGGAAGAGCUACGUUUAUCGUGUGUUGAGCAGAGAAUAAAGACAUGCCAUGCUUUUAUGGAUUAUGAGGGGCAUACACAACAGUCUCUGGUGAUUAGUACUCCAAAACAUCACAAGCGUUACAUUUUGCCAGUUGGGGAGACCUUGCUUGGUACCAACUCAACAAAAUCAAAAUAUAUAGGAUGCCACCUAGAUGAUGAAGAUGAUUGGCGGCAUUUCAGGAAUGCUGUCCGCGCUACGAUAAAAGAAACGCCAACGUCUACCUCGAGGUUAAAUUCAUGUCACUACAGUAAAGGGAAUUCUCCAUCAACUUCGUUACAAUCUCAGAGAGUUGGAGCUUUUUCUUUCACUUCAACCAACAUGACCAAAAAAGAUUUAGAGAAGAGGACAGUUUCACCACACAGGUUCCCACUUUUGCGAACCGGAUCAAUGUCAAGUAGAUCUACAACACCAAAGACUAGUAGAUCAACUACUCCAAACUCAAGCAACAGAAACGCGACAAGUCCUUCAAAUGCAAGAAUAAGGUAUCCUUCGGAGCCGCGCAAAUCAGCUUCAAUGCGGUUAUCUUCUGAUACAAACAACAUCAAAGAUAUGGAACAACACCCGAGUAAAAGUAAGCGUCUUCUUAAGGCUUUGCUUAGCAGACGCAAAUCUAAGAAGGAUGAUACAUUAUACACUUACUUGGAUGAAUAUUGAUGGUAGUUUAAUACAGUUGCCUAUAGAAUGAAUGGAAAAAGUUCACCAAAAGAGCAGAAACUACUUACGGAUUUUGCUCUAAGCGGCACCAACACUUUAUAUUGAAUGUGUCUGGUGUCUGACAUAGACACGUGUGAUUUUUUUAAAAACUAUUAUCGAUAUCUACUUGUCAGUGUUAAUGUUGUAUCUGAUGUCUAUGUUUGUGCUUUAUAGGGUUUGCUUGUUUGUUUUGCCUAUUUGAUUGAGUAGGUUGCCCCUCUUUGUUUCUUCGUUCUUUUCUCUUCUUUUAAUGUCCAUUUCUUUAUGAUUUGAAAUGAACAAUUUUGUUUUCGCUCUUAUUUGCUUUUACAAAUGUAAGCUUUCAAUAUUUAUUGUGUGUGAUGUCUUAAGGCAAUUGUUCAUCA